GCAGAGCGAGCGGCCCGGCGUCCGCAGGCUGCGCGCCCAGGGUGCCGCGCCGCCGGGCGCGGAGCCCCCCAGCCGCCCCCACGGAGCCGGACGCCUCGCAGACUCAAACCUAGAGAAAGAGCUUUCAAGAUGCCGGAGCCAGCAAAGUCCACUUCUGCCCCCAAGAAGGGCUCCAAGAAAGCCGUGACAAAGACCCAGAAGAAGGGGGAUAAGAAGCGCCACAAAAGCAGGAAGGAGAGCUACUCCAUCUAUGUGUACAAGGUGCUGAAGCAGGUCCACCCAGACACCGGCAUCUCCUCUAAGGCCAUGGGCAUCAUGAACUCCUUUGUCAACGACAUCUUUGAGCGCAUCGCUGGCGAAGCGUCCCGCCUGGCGCACUACAACAAGCGCUCCACCAUCACCUCACGGGAGAUCCAGACGGCGGUACGCCUGCUGCUCCCUGGAGAGCUGGCCAAGCACGCGGUGUCCGAGGGCACCAAGGCUGUCACCAAGUACACCAGCUCCAAGUAGCUGGCUGCUGGUCUCCAUCGGGACUCGUAGGCAGAGAUGGGCACCAGAGGGGCAGCUGCUACACGGAUUAACAUCACUACCGCUACAGACGGCAGUUUGCAGUCUUGGGCUAGGCAUUAGAAGCUCUCUAUUGAAAGAGGAGACGGUGAUCAGGAUGUCGGCUUAUUUUCCUGCUCAGGACAUGCUACGGGUUUUGUACAUCGCGUCUCUGGCAAUGCUGGCAGAGAAGGCCUCUGCUUUCACAUCUCAUUCAAAGGACAGCGCAUUCCCCUCCGUGCUCCGAAGACACGCAUGUUUGGCACUGGCAGGGGAGAGGGGCAGCAGCGGCACAGAGCCCUGGUCUCUGAAGUCUUCCUGUUUGGCUGCUUCCUUCCAGUCACCAGAGAUGGGCCCAGGAGCCAGCAUGUGUCGCUGCGCUCUCGCAGGCCUGACCUGCCCCAUGCCCUGCAGUGGGCAGGCGCCAACACCUCUGCUUGUGCGCGGGGCGCAAGCCACGCUGGAUACUCCAGCGAGUAAAAGGAGGGCCGUGCUUGAUGGUAGCGUGUGAGGCCUCCUUCAAAGAGCAAGUCCAACAAGCGGGCUGGUGCCUGGGGAAAUUUCAGCGCUGGCUCUUCCUCUGUGUCCCUCUGAACCAGGGAGCGACCGAUCCGGCCGUGGGUGAGGGCACCUGGGCCCUGCACGCCCAAGGCCGGCACGGACAUUCGUGCUGCCUGUGGCGAGAUGUACGGAUGGAAAGAGGCGGGUGUUGGGUCGCUUCCCGUCCCUGGCUGCUGCUUUGCCUGCUGCAAAGACCUAUUUCAGCGUGCAAGAUGCUGCUGUUUGUGCCACUGUCUGGGGACUUUCUCUGCCGCGAUGCUGUCCAUGCUGCCUCCCCCCGGCGUCGGUGUAGGCACAUGCGGACCAGGGGGGGAAUGGGCAGCUCACCUCAUCACCAUCACCCUUCUGUUGCCCAUCUGCCAGGAAACAAAACCAAGGGUGUGGAGGCAGCAACACUUACCUGCAUCCCAGUGACACUGCAAAUGAGUUUAAAUGACUUCAGAUAUUCCCCCUGCCUUUUCAGAGUUCACAGUAAGGUGAGCAAUAAUAAAAUCUUGAUAAAAGCCAUAGAGAUUAGUGGAGGAACCUCUCCAUUAAGUUUGACUUGGCAGAAGUGCUGGGUAGCGCAAUGAGCUAAGAAGAGCUGGUAUGAAGCUGAAACUUCCUACUCAAAAUGCAACACUAGCCAACAUGAAAAAAAAAAUCAAAAUCUCUGGUAGGCUGUAGUACUUCCAAUCAAAAAUGUUCAUAUCUUUAAAAUAAGAACUGAUUGCUGCAAUUUAUUCUGUAAAUUAAAAAAAAUGUAAAUUCUGCAGCAAAACCAGAAAAUCCAUUAGCUCAGGUUCACCCUAAACUCCCAGACUUUCUUUUUAAGGAAAUGUAAAUUCAUACCCCAAAAUAACAACCUUGCACUACAUCUCUUACUUUCCUCUACAUUUUACUCUGAGAGUGAUGGAGACCCCUGACAAAUUAAUAUUGCUUUUGGAACUGCAGAAUUCCGCUGUUCUGAAACAUUCAGUUGUUUCUUGGGGUUUUUUUUAGUGUUGUAAUUACUUUGCAAUUGGUCCUGAAGCAGGGACUGCACAGACCUGCACAUCCAAAAACAUCUCCAAAAACCCAGAGCAGCAUGGGCUCUUACAUGGUGAUGCACUGGGGAUGAAGUACAAAUCCACACCUCUGUACUGACAGGUCGUCUAGUAUAUCCCUGUACCAUCUGGCUUCACACCCACCCACCUGCAAGGGCUAAGAACAAAUGGAAAUUGCUUCAGAGAUGUAAUUCCACUCCCCUACUGCAACUUGGGGUUCCACACCAGAAAAUAGGCCUUCUUUCCCAUACUUUGCUCAGUGGUCAUACACCGCUAGUCUUUCAGCUACAUUUAAUCCAGUGACCCCAGCAGGAUUCUCUUGUUAUAUCUUUUGAAAUGAGAUUCAAAGUUCUGUCCCCAGGACACCAAGUUUUGGAGCGAAAGCCGGGUCUGCUGCUGUCAGCACCAGAGCAAUGAGUUUCCACUGCUGGUGUCUGUGUUUGGCAGCAGCAAUCCAUCACUCACCUGGGUCGUUUGGCCAUGACACCUUGGAAGUGCCAGCUUAGCAGUUCCUUUUGUUUUCCAAUCACAUGGCGGAAGCCAGAUAUCAGACAUGAAAAUAUACCUGGAGUGGGCCUAAAGCCACUGUCGCUAGCCCUCCUUCCACUAAAAAGCAGAUGAUGCAGAAGGGGAAUGAACAUAAAAUUAAGGGCUAGUGGGCAGUGCUGAAACUUCUUCCUUCAAUCCAUGUGAGCCGCAAAUCGGAAUACAUGCCAUCCAGGAUUUCUCUGUAAUAUAGGAAUAGAGAGGUAAAUAGAACAAUUUCAGUUCAUAGAUAUGAGCAAGCCAGGCUUCUGCUGGGCCUGCCCCAGGUUUACUCAGCACAGCUUCAAAGUCCUCGUUCCUUUCCAACAGCCCAGAACUCCACUCCAGUCUCUACAGGUGGUACAACUGCCUGCAGCAAGAAGUCUAAAAAAUGAAAUCAAACAUUCUCCCUCCAGAGUCUCCUGACUAGCUAACAUAGCAGGAGGGGAAAGGCUAGACUCUCAGACGUUGGCCCGUUACACACAGUCACAGUGUUGGGCUAGUUUUUGUUCUCUGUGAGGUGGCACUGUUAUCAGCUCCACUUUCAGAGAUUGUUUUGGAGAAAGGAGAAGUGACAAUUUAAGGAGAGCAUAAAAAUACUUGAAGGCUUAGAGAAGAUUUUUAUAUUGUUUAAGGAAAAGUCACUGAGAGUAAACAUCUCCAUGCCUUUAUAAUUUAGGCUGUAGUUUGACUCAUAUUUUGCUCUUCACUCUCCCCUUGUGUGAUUCUUUGACUUGUCCCUAACAACAUGGAGAACAGGACUGGGAAAUUGAUCCAUUAAACUGAACAUUAAAAUCAACCAUAUUUUCUCCUUGCAAGCUUCAUUUUAAGCUAGUUCUGGUCCCUGAUCUCCUCUGUCACCAUCAUGUAAACAUAAAUGACAGUCACUGGCCCCAGCAACUGGCAUAACCUGGAACUAUCUCAGAAAAUAGUUAACGGUGUUUGUGAAAUUAUGCCCUUGUGUGAAAAGACAAAUGAAAAAGGGAAAUCUGUGUCUCUUGCAAUAGCCCCAUUAGCAGAAAAGACAUUACUUUUAAAUAUACCACUAUGGAUGUUACCCUUGCAGUAUCCCAGGAACAGUUUCUGUAGUAAUCCUGACACUGGAAAUCAGACACAUCUGAUUUUUUUCAGAUCACACUGGAUGUGUGAUCUGAACUGAAAAGUGUUGCACAAGGGAAAGAGAGCAGAUUGUCAGUGGGAUUCUGCUCCUCUUCAGCCACCGAAGUGAAGUGAUUAGAGGCUUCUUGCUCAGCAGCUGACCAGCAUGCAAGACAGGCUACCCUUCCCUGCAAUUGCCUGCUUGCUCGUAGUCACAUCACUUUAAUUGGAAUUAUUUUGACUGUGAUAGGCUUUGGACUGAGGCUUAGAAGUAGAGACAAUAGAAAAUGGUCUAAAAGUUCAAGGAUCAAAAUAUUAAUUGUCCACUUAGUAAACUGAGUUGUCGCAUAUUCCACAAGUCCCUUGCAGUGGGAUUUCCUGCAGAACCUGCUUUUAACAAGAUGUAUCAUCUCCAGUUCUUGGAGUUGAUAAAAUACUUUAAAAAUGAAGAUAACGUAUAAAGCCCUCCUUCCCCCUUCCUGACUCCUACAGCCAUCCCAGAAGCAUCUCUGAGAUAUUCCUGUGCUUUGCCUGUAAAAAGCCAAAUGCAAAUUCAAAGUUAGGAAAGGAGACUGCAAAAGAAUAAUACAGGCCUUAUAUUCCGCACGUAAGGGUUGCUGCACUGGCACAGUCUGGAGGUUUGUUCAUGCUCAGAACAGAUAGAUCUGUAGUCAAGCACUAGAAAAAAAGAGUAGCAGCAAGUACUGAAUGAGCACAACGCUGUGCCUGUCCUGGACAAGCACCACUGAGGAAGUGGUACAUGACAUCCAAGACAGAGCCCUGCCCAGAGCAGCCUGUGUCACUGCGUGCCCUUCUGCCCUUGCCCCAGGCAGCAGCACAGAGGUAGCCCCAAGUCCCAGCAGCUCCACCACAGCGCUGAAGUCAAGCUUGGCAUGGACUAUGCACAGCCUUGAGCAUUUGUCAUAGCAUUUCCUGAUGGUUUACAUUGAGAGCAAAUUGUUUACAGGAAACAGAAAAACGUGAAAAAUGCAUAAAAAUCACUUGUUGCUGAAAUUUCAGGAGUUCCCUAGGACCAGCAGCUGGGGAGCAAUCUUUCACACUUACUAUCCAUGCAUGGUAUUUCACAGGCUUAUGUACACAGAGUUUUUCUGACAGUAAGUGUUACAUAAUGUAUGAUCUAUGUUAUAUUACUGUUGUUUUAUGGCAUAUCUUCAGCUAAAUUACCUGUUUUCUGUUGAAUGUAUAAAUAAAAUGUAAAUGCAGACCUGUUCAAAGUCAGGUGAUACCAAA